AUGUUUACUUUACAUUUAGAGUAGAGUUUUAAGUAUAGGAUGGUUUAAAAAUCAAAUUAGAUGUAUAAUGUUCUAUAACUGUUCCAUUUCCACCAUGUUUUGUACACCUUUUUCACGGCAAUCUACAUCAGAAGUAAGUGUUUCUACAAUCCACCGAAGCAAUCAAUACAAAUACACAAUAUCUAAAGCACCAACUCUUAACCAAACAAAAUGCAACUAUGAACAACUAGCUGGAAACACUUACAAUAUUUAUGAAGAAGAACCAGCGUUAAGAAAUGUCUUAAGUCGGAAUAUAAUGGUUGCGAGACCUGGUCUUGUUGUUGUGAAAAAUGCUCCGAGUUUGAACAUCCAUUCAGUUGAGGUUGAAAGUGGGAGGUCCAUGAUAUUCCAUCCAGGCUGUCCAGUGUUGCACAAUUUAAAUGAGCAGAAGAUUAAAUAUCAUUCAAGACAUCCUUGUUAUCAUUCACCAUUAGUAAGACAAAUAAUGAAGAUAGAUGGCAUUGAGAGCGUUACAUUGUUUACAAAACACAUCCACGUACAGAAGAAUACAGACACCUUAUCUCCACAAUGGAGUUCAAUUAAACCAAUAAUUGUAGCGACUUUGAUCAAUUUCUUUGCCUCUCAACUCCCAACCACAACACACCAUCAAUCGAAGAGGUUACAUUACCAUAAAGAAUCAGGUGAAUGUGUUGCAUACGGUAAACUUGAUGACAUAGAAUACGUCAUUGAUGACCUCAUCAACUCACGCAUCCGACCAACUGUACAAGAUGAAGGAGGUGACGUCAUAUAUAAAGAUUUUAAUCGUGGUAAUGGAACGGUCUAUGUGUUGUUACUCGGCUCUUGUCUCUACACACCUAAAGCCACCAAUGCUAUUACUUCGGCCACUCUACUUCUACUUCAGUAUCAUGUACCUUGUGUUACAUCUGUUGUUCAGAAAAGAGACGAGAAUUUAUCGCAGAACGACAGCCGUAACAUGAAGCUAUGAAUAAAGUCAAAUAUAUUCGUAAACGUAACGAAUAAAUCCGCGUAUAAUGUUAAAUAAAAAUUAAACAAUACUGUACACGUUAACAAUUGUUUCAUCUUUAAACCAAGAGUAACAUUCGGAAUUGCAGUUAAAAUUGCGAAAUAUUACAGUCGCUGGCGAUUUGCAUCAAAUUUACGUGUUCAGACUGACAUGUAUAUCACACACUCCAUCGAUUGUGUCAUAUAAGGUCAUGUCUUAAAGACACUUAAUAAUUGGAUAAAUAAAAUUGAUCUGAAAAAGUAAAUUAGUUAGGCUUGGAUAUUAAUUCCCAAAAGCCCGCUGUCGUUUACUGGUUUCCCAUCAAUCGUUGAUUGCGUAUUCAAUCAUCGAUCCGCCAUCGACGCACGACGAUCAAUAUUACGUGCUUAUCAUUCCCUAUUUUUAGCAGUCUUGAUUAAAAAUACUGAAUGAUAAAUUUAUUUAUUGUUUUUGUUGAAAAGUGUUUUUUGUUUGAUAAGUAGAAUGUGUAAAUGUGAUCCUUUCCAAUUUGUUGUCGAACUUUUGUUCUUAGUGUUUGUUUUCAUGCAUUUGCUUUAAACCUUAACUAGUUGUCACAAUCGAUGUAAAUUUUUACAAAAAAAUCGAAUGAAUGUUUGCGACUAACCCGCCUAUUUAUCACAUAAUUAGUAUUUAUCGAGUUGGCAAAAAUUUCUCUAAGCAAUUCAUAAUGCGAUAUAGUUAACCCUGGCCCAUUGCACAGUGAGGCGUCUCCGUCUAGCUCAGAAGUUAUACGGUUUAAAACACUUCGUUGCUAGCACCUUGGGCCUUUGAGGCAAAACAUUAUAUGAUAGUUGCUCAAACCCGUUGUUCACUGACGGGUUGUAUAAAUUGCCAACCAUACAGAAAAACAAAGUCAACUUCGUUGUUACUCGUAAGCUGACACGAGAUAUAUGAAAGUGAACACACGUGUUAUAACGACUCGUUUUCUCGCCACGCGAAGAUUAUCAAGUUACCAUUUUUUCUAACAAGUAUAAUAUACGUGUACUUCGUACAAGUUACUUUUUUACUCGGUGUUUUUAUUUUCGUGAAACCUUUGUACAUAAUCGUACCUUUA